AUGUCACAAACUGGAAGAGAAGUAUGUUACUUAAGGUAUAUAAUAAAUUCUGGAAAAAUAGAAUUUGCUUGGUCAGUAAUCACACCAUCUAGCUGGGAUUGGAUUGGAUUGUACGAAGACGACAGCAAAGAAAAUAGAGAAUGGGUUGAUGGACACUGGUUCUAUAUGAGUAAUCAUAGUAGUCAUUCAUCUCUUCCUGAUGGUCGACAUGUAUACACUGGAAAACAUUGGAUCAGAACUGUUUCUGGAGGAAACCAAGUAAGAUUAAAUGCUUCAGGAAAUUACGGAGAAUAUAACACUUAUUCAUAUGCUAAUGUACGUAACCCUACGUUUAUUUACUUUGAAAUGAAUCGGGUUAACUAUCUACGUGAGAGGUUGCAACAUAUAUUUGAUAGACACAAGAAAGAUUGGGGAUUUACCGAAAAUGAUAAUUGGAAUAAACAAAAUGGAGAGAAACUUCUGAGGAUUCUUCGAGAGUUUAUUAGAAAAAAUAUGAACUACGUUUAUUAUGGAAGUUAUAAGGAUGAUAAUGCGUAUCUUAUAGUUGAUCCUCUAAGUAAUGAUCAAUACAAACAUGCAACACAACCACCUUUUAAAUUACGUGCAGUUGUACUUAUUGUAUAUGAAGACGUUCUCAAUGAAAUUGCCAACUCUGAAAAUGAAAGGGAUGAUUUACUUAAACUGUUUUUAGAAAUUUUCAAGAAUGAUAAAAAUCAUUACAGUGAUGAAGUGUAUGAUCAGAUUGCAGACUUUUUUGAAUUAGCUGAAAGUUACAUUCCGUUGUCAUUCGAAUGGAGAGAUGAAGUGGAACCAGAAGACUCUUAUGAAGUUGACUACGAAAAGAUAAGGAAAAAGGAGAAACUAUUUUAG